AUGGACAGUGCAGGCGGCGGAUUUGGGGAUAUCGGGAGUCUCAGCGGCGAGGUAGAUGGGAAUCGGGAGAUUUUGAGUGAUCUGUGGAUAAUCUUCUUCACGUUCUGUGGACUGGCGGUCGCUGAACCAGGAUAUCUGGCUCCUGUGGUGUCCUACGGCUACUUUGGCAUCCCCAUAGGCUACGGCGGCCAAGUGUUGGAGACGCCGGAAGUGGCGCAAGCGAAAGCAGCUCAUUUGGCUAGGCAGGCGUACGAGGCGGCCAGGAACACGCUGGGUUAUGCACACGUGCCAGUCUUGACCCGCGUUUACACACCUGCGAUUACCUACGGCGCGCCCAUCGGCGCUGACGGCCGGGUCGUCGAUACACCUGAGGUCGCCGAAGCGAAGGCUGCUCAUCUUGCUGCUCACGCGCUGGAAGCUGCAAAAAAAUUAGGACUGUACCCAUACGGCGCUCUGGCGUAUUCUUCGAUCCCAUAUGCCUAUAGAUAUGGCUAUGGUGCUCCCCUUGGUCCCGAUGGUAGAGUGGUCGACACACCGGAAGUCGCGGAAGCGAAAGCCGCGCAUUUGGCAGCGCAUGCACAGGAGGCAGCUAACGCACAGAAAAUAUAA